AUGUCUCUCUUGGCCGAACCAUCAUCACAAAGUUAUUUAGAACACCAAUUGCAAAAUGCAAAAGCAAGGGAGCUGCAGUGGAAGGCCGUACUUCCCUUUAAAGGCUUGAUUGACCAUGAAGACGAGACAGUCAAUUUAUUUGACUAUGUAGGCAAAGAACAACAGUGGCGCCGGGAUCAUGCUAUUAGGUUCGAUCCUCUGCAAUUUCCCCCCACCCCCAUUGGAAGAAAGGAGCUUAUGAACCAUCUCAGGGUGAUUGCAUGUUACCACGGGUCCAAAUUUCAUGCUGAUCCAAAAACUGGCCUACUCAGGUGCUACAGAUGCAGAAUAAGUGCUACAACAAAUAAAGACGACCCCAACGACUAUGACCCAUGUGGAAUUGCGGCUGAUAUAAGGAGAAAGGGACUGCACAAUGAUAGAAGAAAUAACAGGGACAACGGCCAGAAAAGGAAACGUGCCACAACCACUGCUAAAGAUACAACUGGUAAUCUCCUUUGCCGCUUGAAGCUGACUUUUGGUAUCCACAAAGACAAUGCUCUACCUGGCGGUGGGUAUAUAUUCCUUAAGUGCACCGGAAACAACAUGCAUCAGCAUCACAUACAGCCUCAGAAUGGUGAACUAAGUAUUCCUGCCAACCUGUUGACAAAGGAACAAUGUCGGAUCAUCUAUGCCCAACAGCAUGCAUUUGUUGGAGGCACUCAAGCACGAAAAGUGUUACUUGAACUCAGACACGGUUUCAUAUCUGCCUCCACACAUAGAAGAGUGAUAGAAACAGCCCCUGAUGCUAUAACCGCCAAACCGGGAACUGGCCGGUCAUCAGCCUCUGAGCUUCUGAACUGGCUCCGCCGUGAAGCCUCCAAGCCUGGUGAUUCAAAGAUGUCUUAUUGUGUUCUAUCGUAUGAAAUUAGACCUGAGACACUCAACCUUGUUUCAGAUUUCAUCCGGAAGCCAGUCGGACGACCAUCCAAAACCAAUCCGCCCAUGGCACCCAUUGAAGUUGCUAAAAACCUCACAUACACAGAUCACUCGCCAAUUGUCGGAUUGUCUAAGACAAGCAAAGCCAAGGAAGCAUGUGGACAACUAUUCACAAUUGGAAACGUAAAUAGUACAACCGAGGAAGGGGAGACAGAUGGUCUUGAUUCUAUCAAUCAAAUGUCAAAAGAGGAGACCAAAAUUCCGCUGAAAUCUGUUGCACCCAUGGAACAGCUAACAACCCAAAGCGAGAUACGGCUUCACCUCAAUUCAAAAUGUCCUUGGGUGAACUCAAACCGAAGCCGUGUUCUCAUUGGGGCUUCCUGGAUGGUAGAGGAGGACAAACGCCAGUUUUUGAGGUACCCAGAAGUACUUUUCAUGGAUGCCACGCACAAAACUAACAAUGAAGGCCGCCCUCUUCUACUCAUUUGUGGUCGGGACUCUGAUGGCAAAGCCUUCGUUAUACUGCGUGUGUUCAUGCCAAAUGAAACUUCCGCAUUUUAUAACUGGGUCUUUCAGGAGGCCCUCCCAUCAAUGUUAGGCAAGGAGCAUUUGGAGCGGGUCAAUUUGGUUCUAACUGAUGGUGAUUCUAAUGAAUUCUCAGCUCUUGAAAAUUCAAUGCUUAAGUUGCUACCAAAUGCACUUCGGGGUAGAUGUGGGCACCACCUCAUUAAGAAAACGUUGCAAAAGAAAUCCAUUGCGCCUUCUUAUUUCAAAAAUAGGGUAUUGGGAGAGGCUAUACUGCAAGAAAUUGAAGGUUGGGUCCGUUCUUGGGCAGACGGAUCUUCCUGUCUCACUGAGGAAGAGUUUAUGUUCUCCAAAAACUUGUUGCUGGAUGAAUUGCGGAACAAUGAACAGCUACAAGAGGUCAUGGGGCUGGAGAGCGUCGGCAAACUCAUGGACUGGGUCGACACAGAUGUACUGCCCCAUGAAAAGAACUUUGCCCACUACAUGAAACGAGACCAUCGGUGCCUUGGGGAAUAUGUUACUAAUGCAACCGAGGGAUUAAACUAUGCUGCCAAACACAGUUCAAUGUCCGCAAAGCCAGAUCAGAAAAUGGUCACUUCCGCUGGAGCCAUGCAUAGCCAUGAUGACAUGAAGAAUCGAGAGAGGAAGAAAAAGAAGUUGCGCCAAUUUGAGGAUACACCCUUAUUCCUUGAAAGGGGUAACAAAAGGCACAACUCAGAUUGUUUCAAAGAGCUUGUACCUAUUGGCCGAUCUAUUAUGAUGGAUCAAGUGGAACAGAGUGCCGGCAACUAUGUGGUUGCCCAGAUCUCACCCGAUUCAUUCUGUGUGAUUUUGGAUCAGAGUCAUGUCUCCCGGCCGCAUGGGUGCCCAGCAUGGUUCAAAGGUCGUCCCAGGUUCAGGUCGGUCAACAUUGUGGAAGUGGACAAGGAAGAUAGCAACCGUGUUGUGCUGAAGUGCUCAUGCCGCCAUAAACAGCACUAUGGAUUGCCCUGUCGCCAUUUACUCUCCAUUGAACACCAAUACGAUCUUUCCGAUAUUGCCUGUCGUUGGCGCAACGACUAUGACUUGUAUGCGUAUUCAAACGGAAAGGAGAAGACUAUGACCAGAUUGUUUGCUGAAUUGAGCAAGGUUGAACACCAGGGAAUCCUGGUAAAGAGUGAGUUUUUCGGCAUCAGGCUGAUGUGCAUUCCUCAUUUUAUACCAGUCAACAAGAGUGGCACCGGGAGACUGGUUGAUUUGGGUCUUUUGUUUUGA